GUCUCAUGUCAGUCACGACGUUGCACGAAAGCGUGUAAUUCGUAUUAAAAGCUUGGAAAUCCUGGCUGUUGGACGAAGUAUCGGUUGAGACAUGACUCACUCGUUGUCACGUGUGAAAUUCUUAAUAUUAGUUUUGUGCGUGCCUUGUAUGUUACACACAGGCCACGCUGCGGGAUCCAAGCCACCGAACAUUUUGUUUUUGCUUGCCGAUGAUUUCGGCUGGUACGAUGUCGGGUAUCAUAACCCUAAAAUACAAACUCCCAACAUCGAUAAGCUGGCUAAGAGUGGAGUUAUACUCGACAGUUAUUACGUGCAGCCAGUAUGUACACCGACACGGGCAGCAUUGAUGACCGGAAGGUAUCCAAUACACACAGGUCUGCAACAUGAUGUUAUUCAUCCGGAAAAUCCCUAUGGAUUGCCUCUGGACUUCGACUUGUUACCACAGAAACUGAAACAGGCUGGUUAUGCGACUCAUUUGGUUGGCAAGUGGCAUCUUGGUUUCUAUAAGUGGCCUUAUGUUCCAACCAAACGAGGAUUUGACUCCGCCUAUGGAUUCUGGGAUGGUUCUGAGGGUCAUUUUGACCAUAGUCGCCUGGGAAUUGUUGACUUUCGUAACAAUUUAGAUGUAGUAAAGGAUUUGAACGGCACCUACGCAACAAACGCUUACGUCAAUCAAGUGAAAAAGGUUUUACAGGGCCACAAUUCAUCGCAACCGUUGUUUAUAUACAUGGCCUUCCAAAAUGUUCCCGCACCGAUCGAAGCCCCGGAGAAGUACAUAGAGAAAUACGACUUUAUAGAGAAUAAAAUGAGAAGAGUUCACGCUGCUAUGGCAGAUAUCAUGGAUGAAGCUGUGGGAAACAUAACAGAAGCUUUUAGAGAAGCAGGAUUGUGGGAGAACACCCUUCUGAUAUUCAGCACUGACAACGGAGGUUUACCUUAUUACGGAGGUUACAAUUGGCCCCUUCGAGGAGAAAAAAUGACGCUGUGGGAGGGAGGGGUAAGAGGAAUUGGAUUUGUCCACGGAAAUCUGCUGGCAAGGAAAGGAGUUACGUGUAAUGAACUAUUGCAUGUGACGGACUGGUACCCAACAAUUCUUGGAUUGGCUGGUGUGACAUUAGAGGACAAAAGUCCCAUCCCACUGGACGGCCAUGACGUAUGGGACACGAUUUCGAUGGGGAAGCCUUCUCCACGCUCUGAGAUAUUACUGAACAUUGAUCAACCUGGUUCAGUUCCUCCAGGGCCUGGUAUCCUAGGUGGUUAUACGGGGGUCGCACUCAGGACCGGUGAUAUGAAGCUGCUGAUGAAUGUGCCAAAUGUCACGUGGUUUAAACCACCAGAGAUUGGUGGAAUAGUGGAAAACGAAAUACCUUUGAACGCGGUGUUUGAAAACCCAGACAUGGCCAAGGUUGACAAAGUGAACAUCGCCUUAUAUAACAUUUCUAAAGACCCAGAAGAACGAGAUGACCUCAGCAAAAAAUUCCCAGAUAUUGUUAAGGAGAUGCAGAUGAGAGUGCAGUACUAUGUGAAUUCAUCAGUAAAACCGUUGAACCAGAAAAACGAUCCCGAAGCCUUGAAAACCGCCCAGGAAAAGGGAGCAUGGGGUCCAUGGAGAGACUAAAAUCCAACGAGUUGAAACUUCAAACACACAAGGGAAUUAGAUUUGUAGUCAGAAGAAAUCGUCAGCAUCGUAAUCAGCCCUCAGUGUAUAAAUGUUCGAUAGAAUAGUUGAAUUCUUCACUCGAAUGAUCCUCAGUCUCUGUGUCUUCUCUUUAUUGUUGGAAUAUAGAAAAACCGUGAAUCAUGCACCUGACUAACGACGGGAAAAUUAUAUUGACUGAGGGGAAUAGUAAAUUCCAACAUACAAAGCUUAUUAAGUGGUGGUUUGAAAGACAUUUUCGCUUCAUUCUCGCGGACCUUCGCUUGAAUGUGCCAGGAAGUGACCAGAUGGUCAAGUGACGUACCAUAAAAGUUUGUACAGUUUGUGGACACGACUUAUUUUAUAUGUACUGAUUUGGAAAGAAUGUCAUUAACUUACUGAUUCACUGACUAACUGGUCUAUCUUACACGUUUCACAUUUUAAUAAAGCUUGUGAAAUCA